AUCGCGAGAUCGACCAUCAUCACAGAUCAUCCACAGAGGAGACCAUCUUCCGUGUAGAGACUAGACUAGAGAGAGAGGGGGAUAUAUGGCAGACAUCGUCCAAGGUGUGGAGCUCGUGGGUGGAGUCCGCCGCCGCGUCCGGGGUGAGGUUCAGCGUCGCGCUGCACCUGGAGCCCAAGACCGCGCUCGCCCUGGCCGCCGCCGAUGGCCUCUUCUCCGCCUAGCUAGCUAGCUAGCCUAGCUGCUUCCAGGCCCUUCUCCUGAGUGAGCAGAGCACUGAGCAGCAGUAGUCGAGUUCUUCUGGACCAUAUAAUACAAUGCGCGGUUCACCUGUACAUUCAUUCUUCGCUUCUCCUGCGCUCAUUGAUAUGCGCAUCUGCUUGAUUG